AUGCCGACCAUGUGGUUGACCGACACCCAGAAGGUUGGGGUGGUAUUCUGCUCUGGUGGCAGUAUAUUCCUCUUCCUAGGGAUUCUCAUGUUUUUUGACCGAUCACUGCUUGCUAUGGGAAACAUCCUCUUCUUAAUCGGACUACCUCUCAUCCUCGGACCCCAAAAGACCCUCGCUUUCUUCGCCCGCAGACAAAAGAUCACAGGCACCGUCACCUUUGCCCUCGGUAUCCUACUUAUUUUCUGCCGCUGGCCGCUGGUAGGGUUCUGCGUCGAGCUGUACGGCCUAUUCGUCCUAUUCGGUGAUUUUCUGGUCACUCUCGGCGGUAUGAAGGAGGUGUAA